AAUACGCGUCACGAUCUAGGCAUAGAAUACCUUUAAUUUCAAUCAGAUUUUGAGAAAAUAGCGGGCCUUGAGCGGACCGGAGCGGACCUAUUAAAAGAAGAGGAGCUUAGCCAUUUCAGUCGUUCCAUCAAAACAGCUCAGCGUAAAAUGCUAGGGCCUCAUCUGUACUAAGCCGGUUUUCCCAAAUGCAAGUUGGCUGUAAGCAGGCAAUGAACUCGAGUGCGUCAGCGAUCCAGAAACUUGGAAGAAAAUCCCGUGUUUGAUCUCUCAACGAAAAGAUAAACACAGAAAUUACAAAGACAGCAUUAGCGUCUCUAAGCCCAACUUGUCCUCAGUUGUGUGAGGCAUGAUCAAUACUCUAUUCUGACGGUCCAGAGCUCACAGCAAUUCUGCAGCGAUGAACUCCCCGGACCCCACCCAGGCUACUCCCAUUGAGGAGAUCAUCCGGCGCAUCAUCAAGAAGAUCUCCACCGAGUGCCAGAGAACAGGCACCCUGGUGUCAGAGACACUAGCUGCCUUCACCAUCAAGGCUGUGGUGCUCGACCCGCGCCACGGCUGCCUCCUGGAGAACAUGCGCAGUGAGCCGGACGGCGACCGUCUGGUGGCACUCUGCGUUCGUCGUCUGACAGCCCGGGACUCGCCCGCCGGACAGCUGAUCCGCAUGCAGGUGUUCUUUGAGACCAGCUACAUGCCGCGUGGUGACGUGCUAGCCGACUACGGCCGCACUGUCGAGAGCCGGCUAACGCCUAUCGUGGAGGAUAUCGUCGCAGCCACGGCGGCCGGCGCCAGCGGGCCUGAGCUGGAGACCACGUACCGAAGGAUCGUGGCGUUCACCGUCCUGGUGCAUGGAAUCGGGGAGCCCUCCGAUGACGCCGUAGAACGCGAGGCCACCGCUGCGCUUCACAGCGUGUUCCCGCCGGCCGAGCUCGGAAACUUCCUGGCGCUGUCGGCAGACGAGAGACGCGUCCAGCUAGGCGAGUUGGCCGACAUCGUCGCUGGUGUGCGUCUCUUCAACCGACACGCCGGCAAGGGCGGCGCAGGGAUCGAGGACGUGCCCGGUCUGCUGGAGCGCGCCAUCAGCGCCACCAGGGCAGGGAUCGACCAGGAGCUGCAGCUGUGCUCCACCAUGACGGCCCGCUACAACGGCGUCAUCCGCAGGCAGGCGGAGCAGCAUCAGGACGGUGAAGAGGACGGUGUGAAGGACACUGAGGAGCCCAUCAACGACGGCGACGCGGCCGACCAGAGCCUGUCUCCGCAGUUUGUGCGUCUGUGCGCGGAGAUGGCGGCUCACUACCGCCAGCUGGAGCUGUACCUGCGGCAGCUGCUGGCCGAUGUGGGUCGCGUGGCCGCCCAGCUGAUCCAGCUGCGUGACGCGCUGGAACGCCUCCUGAGGAGGCUGCACGGCAUCAUCGAUACCAGCCCGGCGGUGCCUGCCUGCGUGGUGCUACCGCUGUUUGUAGAGGUUGCCGACGUGUGGCGAGGCUUCCAGGUGGAGACGGUGUGUCUGAGCACCCUGAGCACGCUUCACAGUCAGCUUCAUGGUUUCAUGGCGCUUUAUCAUGAGCGCGAGCUGGUACCCGAGGGCUGGCUGGCAGAACGACUCGCAGACGUAGAGGUCAUCACGGACGCCGAGCAAUUCGAGAGAAAUCAGCGCGCGAUGGCCGAGGCCGCUGCCACUGAAGACAAAGAAGAAGCCUCCAUCAGCGAGGACACGCCGAAAGAGGAGGAGGACAGCUCCCGCGCUCGGGUUCUGGCCGUGGACCGGCUGAAGAACCUCACUCAGCUGCCGGUGCAGUACAACCGGUUGUGUCCGGUGGCUCUGGUGGACGGCGGUGGGCAGCUGCUGGUCGGCGACCACCGCCUCGGCCUGGUCUACUACGACGAGCGCUACUUCUGCUGCAGCACUCCGGCAGCGUUGGCCGCGUUCGCCGCUCGGCCGGAGCACUACACGGCCGCCGUGGAGCAGCGCGCGCGCCGGCACGCCGAGCUCAUCCACCUCCUGGACCUGGAGGAGGCGCUGACGGAGCGGCCGCGGCCGGCGCCGGAGCCCGUCCUGCUGGCGGAGCGGGCCGUCCAGACGGAGCUGCACCCCGAGCCGGUCGCCGUCGACCCCGAGUACUCGUGGAACGAGUGGACCAUGCGGCGGCGCGCGCUGCUGCUGGCUGACCUGCGCCGGCGGCGGACCAGCGGCGCGCAGACGGAGCGCAGCCACCUGCGGCGCGACGCCACCAGCCAGGUGUACCGGCCGGCCGGCGCGCAGACGCAGACGCGGCGUGACGCGGCCACCAAGGUGCCGCAGAGGCGCUCCUAUCUGCACGGGCUGCGCGGCGCGCCGGACUCCCAGCACGGCACCGUCGACCUCACGCCGGCCAUCGAUGAGGAGCCGUGAACGGCAUGGCAUUGGAAGGCAGGCAUUGGAGUGGUGACCGACAGUCAGUCCCUGAUAUAGUCCGGACUGGAGAUAAGGAGGGGGAGGAAGAGCAGCGUUAAGCCUAAUGGGCGGCUCUGUAUUAGACGGGGACACUAAAUUAGAUGAAUAUGGAACACCCAUUUAUGAACGCCUUCGUGCUCAAGCUUAAGCCAUCUAUAAAAGAAUGAAUAAAUGGAAGUGAAUGAGAAAA